ACAAAACAAAAAAACGUUAGCUGCAGUGUUAGAGACAAAUGAAAUUAAAGUAAACGACUUUAUCAACAAAUCGUAAACGCAAAAUAAAUAAAUAACAGGAAUAACGAUGUAUUGUAGAGUAACCUUAGUUGCUGAACUGUUUUAUCACAUUCAAAGGUUCUUAAAAUGAACGAUUCAAAAGAACCGAUUCUCAGAACUCAAUUUAUGGAGCACAUGAGGCUUUUUCCCCAAAGAACAGAAAUGUCUCAUUAAUUCUUCCAAGAAGAAAUGUAAAACAGCAAUGAUCCCCUUCAUUUUGCUUUCUGUCUGCUGAAUUACAGACUCCACAUGUGCCAGGUGACCCCUUGCGCAUUAGGUGGACCCCAGAUGCAUUUCCGCAUUCAUGCUAUUUGAAACUAGAUUUGAAUUACCUCAGUGUAAGCCUUCUUACCCAGUCACACACAAAUACACUCAUGCUGACCACCAUGACAUACCGCAUGCCAAACUUCACUCUGGAGCAGAAGCUUUUCUUGCUUCGAAGAAUCCAUGCAGUGGUGGACACAGUGCAGGACUUUCGGAAAGACACCAACACUACUGUGCACCGGAACGCUGUAUGGGCAGCACUGGCUCAGGCCUUCAAUGCGGCGUUCCCUAGUCGACCACCCAGGAGCAUCGGCUCCCUGAAGACACUUUGGAAACGUCUGAAGGUGGAAUGUCGUGUAGCACUGCAGAGGCGACAGGUACAGGAGGCAGCUGGUCUUCCUGUGUCUGCCCUCACGCAGGUGCAGAGAGAAGUGAUUGCUCUGGUACCAAACCUGAUCUCCUGUCUGGAGGAGGUAGACGGAGAUGGCAGCUAUAGCUCGGUUAGGGGUGGCUCACCUGGAGCAGUGAUGGGGCUUUCAGGCACUAAUGGGAGUGAGCAUGAAGAUGCUGACCACAGUCAAAAUGAUGAAGUAGACAGCAAGGAGAAUUUAGCCAUUGAACUUGUGUUGGUCUCACCAACUCACCCACCUGUUAACUCCGGGAUUCCUCCUGGCACUGCCUCCUCUCCUCUCCACUCACAUUCAGUCUCUUCCAGGUCCAGCCCUCCAUCUCUCAUCUACCCAACCCAUGCAGGAAGCACCUUAGGGCUGGUAUCAAGGACUAGUGGUGCAAACUUUGAUACCCCACACAGAGAGCCUGCAGUGCCACAUGCUCCUGCCGGAGGAGCAGUUGAGAAUUCAUUACCGCCAAUGGACUCUAAUACCUCAAACUCAAAAUGGGAUGCACGUCGACAGGAACUGUUUGAGCUGGAGCAUCAGCAGACGAUAAGUCUGUUACUGCUGCAGCAGUGUGUGUGGGAGGAGAAGAGGAAAGCAGUGAGACAGAAAGAGAAGGCGGCACGGGCCAAAAGGAGAUAUUAUCAAGCCAAACUACGAAAGAUCGGCACAGAGCAUCCACCUUCCAGUAGUGACAGUGAGGAUAACAAACAUCUACAGACGUAAAGUCAGAUGUUUAUGAUGUCUUUGAUAGGUUUGCUUUCUUUUUGAAAGUCAUGUUUUAUUCUAGCAAUGCUGUUUAUUUAUAAAACAAUAUAUUUUUUAUUGUGGACUAAACUUAAUUGGUGUUUAGGAAUGUACCAUGUGCAUCAUAUGGAGGGGGGGAUUCAUUCAAGCAGGCUUUUAUUUUAUUUGUUCCAAUAGCCGAUAAAAAAAAUCUAAUUUCCUUUCAUACUCUCUUUCAACACUGAUGAUGCGUUUCAUUCAAUCAAAAGUGCGAUAGUUCAGUGCGAUCUGAAAA